CUUGAAGAGUUUGAGCAAAACAAUGGACAACCCUUCUCGCCUCCACCUCUGCUGCUGUCCCGUUCUCCCCUUCUGCCGCCUCUUCUCAUCCCAAAAAACUAAUGGUGUCCCUCUUUUUUUUUUUCCCCCUUUUAAGGUGAUCAACACACAGAAAGAACUGUUCAGAUAACA